UUUGCUCUCCAUGUGAUUGAUCUCAGUGCGAUGCAGUGGAAACUGGAGGAAUUUUAAGGUGAUCUCAUGUGGUUUUCCUGAACUGAAGAUGAGUGGAAGUCCUCUGAUGGAGUACAAUCUGCCGUCAUCUCUGGCCCCUGUUUCGGACCCCGGGGCCACCGCAGGCCUCCUGCUGGCUCCAGACAGCGAGCAGGGCACGGCGCUCUGUUUUGUGGGUCUCCUGCUGCUGUUUUUGGUGUUUUUACUGGUGCGCUGUUUCCGGAUUCUCUUGGACCCGUAUAGCAGCAUGCCGUCCUCAUCGUGGUCAGAUCAUAAAGACGGACUGGAGAGAGGACAGUUCGAUUAUGCACUGGUGUAGAGGCUGCUCAGGCAGAGAAAUUAAAAACCAAAUCCUGUCCAGAGCAUAUUUUACCUCCAAAGAAAAAAGGUACAUUUUAAUUGUCACCAUUUGU